AUGACCCGCAGAAUCGUCAGGACAAUAGUCCAAACAUCCGCCUUAGCCACCCUCACCUUCCUAGUCAUCUUCUUCCUCGACAGAAAUUUCCGAGUUCUUCCCUCCGCCAUACAUGAGUACAUGCCACAGCACCAUGCGGGAUUGCUCAUAACAGACAUCGCCAUCAAGUCCUGUUCCUCGGUCAACGUCUUUUCCUCCUGCCGCCUCGACCCGGACACAUGGCAUCGCGUCGAGAAGGAUCUGUACCUGGGCCGCGCGCUCGUCACCAGCGCAUACGUCCACGUCAAGCGCAAAAAGGAGGAGGAGCUCACCUCGGACGAUAAGGUCGUCAUCGACCUCGCCGUGGGGCGCCUCGACCCGGGCACCGGCGUCAAGGGCGAGGCGGACGAGCGGUGGGAGAUGAGGGACGCGGGUCUCUGGAUCAAGCGGAGCGCCAAGAAGAAGGCCAUCGACUCCAAGCAGACCAUCACUGCCGUGGACGUGCUGUUUGGCGACGAUGCCGUCGAGGCGCGCGACGGCUGGGAGCUGCCCGAGAAGGGCACCCCGCUCAUCCUGAACGCGGACCCGCACAUCCCCUCGGCGCAUCUCACGGUGCGCAGGGGCAGCCAGCAGGAGCCCUACAAGCCAGACCUCAAGGUUAAGGACAACGGGAAGUUCAAGAUACUGCAGGUCUCGGAUAUGCAUCUGAGCACGGGCGUGGGCGCAUGCCGGGACGAGAUGCCAGAGCACCCAGAAGGCGAGAAGUGUGAGGCUGAUCCGAGGACGCUUGACUUUGUCACGAGGGUCCUGGAGGAUGAGAAGCCGGAUCUGAUCGUUCUGGGCGGCGAUCAGAUUAAUGGGGACACGGCUCCAGAUGCGCAAUCCGCCAUUUUCAAAUACGCUCAGCUCUUUAUCAAGCAUAAGAUCCCCUACAUUUCCAUCUUUGGAAAUCACGACGACGAGAAAGCAGCUGGGAAGAGCCUCUCUCGCGCCAACCAGAUGGCCCUCGUCGAGACCCUCCCCUACUCCCUCUCCAAGUCCGGGCCCGACGACAUCGACGGCGUGGGCAACUACUACAUCGAGAUCCUGGCCAAGGGGAGCUCGAAACACUCGGCCGUGACGGUCUACAUGCUGGACUCGCACUCAUACUCGCCCGACGAGCGCCGCUUCAAGGGCUACGACUGGAUCAAGAAGAACCAGAUCGACUGGUUCCGGCAGACAGCGCAGGGGGUGAAGAAGAAGCACAGCGAGUACACGCACAUCCACCUCGAUCUUGCCUUUAUACAUAUCCCGCUCCCGGAGUACAGGGAUGAGGACCAAUUGGUUGUUGGGGAAUGGAGGGAAGGUGUGACGGCGCCGACGUAUAACUCGGGUUUCAGAGAUGCACUGGUCGAGCAGGGCGUCGUCAUGGUCAGCUGUGGACACGAUCACGCAAAUGAGUACUGCGCCCUGUCUACAGACGAGUCCAACAAGCCCGCCCUCUGGAUGUGCUACGCGGGCGGCUCUGGUUUCGGCGGGUACGGAGGCUACGGCGGAUAUCACCGCAAGAUCAGGGUAUUUGAUAUCGAUACAAAUGAGGGCAGAAUCACCACCUGGAAAAGGGUCGAGUGGGGCGAAACCAAGCAGAAGCUGGAUGAGCAGAUCAUCGUCGACGCAGGAAAACCGAUCGCGGUCAUGCAGGGCUGA